AUGGCCACUGUUCACGUAUUUGUAGGACAGUGCGGCAAUCAAGUCGGCACGGCAUUUCUGGACACGGUUGCAUCCGAGGCGGAGGCUAGCGUCGAUGAAGGCUACCAGAUGCGUGUGUCAGCCAUGCACUUUCGACCUGCGCUGCGACCGCCGCCGGCGCGGCGCCACCAUCAGCGCUCAGCAACGGGGCCGUCGCGUGAGCCGUCCGAGGCGGCGAGGCGCAUAGGACACCGGCAGUAUUACUCCUUGUCUUACUACGCGCAAGAGAAAGAGCGCGCGGCGAUGGACACCUCUCUGCCCCAGCCGCGGUGUGUGUUGGUGGACAUGGAGCCCAAAGUGAUUGCCGCCACAGUGCAGCGUGCUAACGGGCAACUCGAGCAGCACAAAUCCUCUCCUUCGUCCUCUUCUUCCCCUUCACCGCAGUCUGCGUCAAGGCGCCUCUAUUCCCUGGCGCCGCAGCAGUGUGUGACCCGCGGCGAAGGCAGCGCCAACAACUGGGCCUUUGGGUACCACCAGCAGGGACAAAGCCGUCGUGACGCCAUCGUGGAAUGUCUUCGACGCGAGAGCGAGCAGCAGGGUACCGUCGUAUCGACCUUCCACGUGCUUCACAGCAUCGCCGGCGGCACCGGCUCGGGUGUCAGCUGCCUCGUUGCGGAAGAGAUCAAGACGAUGUUCCCGCGCUCCACGUUGCUGCACUCCGUUGUGUGGCCGUUCCGUUGCGGCGAGGUCGUGACGCAGUGGUACAACGUUGUCAUGGCGGUCAGCACUCUGGGUGGGUUGGCGGACGGCGUAUUCAUCGCCUACAAUGACGCUAUCGCAGAGGAACUGAAGGGUGCGCGGGCGAAUCGCGGCUUCAAAGAUGCCGGGGAGGUGUCCUUCCAGCUCAUUAACCAGCGCAUCAGCGGGGUGCUCGCCCCGCUUCACCUACCGCAGCUUCUCUACACUCUCCCGUCUCCCCAGAAAGACCUCUCGAAAAACCGCAUCCUCGGCACGGGCAGUGGAGCUGCCCGAGGCGUCUUGGGGAGCGGCCCGACUGGCUGCGUCGCGGAAGGCGCGGCGCCGCGGCGGUACGCCACUGCCAGCGAUGUCAUCGAGGCCCUUUCACUGGACCCGGCGAUGAAGUUCUUCACAGGCUCGCUCGCGCCGCAGAUGGUCACUGGCUCCACGACGUGGGCUGCGGUGCUCGGCGAAGCGGCUCGAACGGCACAACACAGCUUCACUGCUCCGAGUGCGCUGGCUCCGUCCGCCGACACGGGUUUCUCGCGCUCAGAAGGGAAAGCAAUGACUGAUAGGGUAGCUGAUGCCUCCGCGUUUUACAUGCAGCACCGAAGCUGCUUGUGGGCUAUUCGCGGGGUUGCGGCGCACACCGACGGCAUCCGUGAGCUGCGUCACCUCAUGGCCGACAUCGCCUCGUCGCCAUUUCCGAUGACGUCGCUCUUUGUCAGCCCGGCGGAGGAGUGGCGCGCGACACCGUCGUACACCCGGCCGGACCACAGCGUCACCUUGUACGGCCCCACACCCAUGGUGGGCGCGUCGCUGGCUGAUGCCGCUGGCCGCGCAGAGGAGCUGCUCCACGUCGGCGCUUUUGUGCACCACUUUGAGCGUUACGGGGUCUCAAAGGCGGAGCUGCGCGAUGCCGCGGCCGUGUUGUACGACACAGCCGCUGCCUAUCAUCUCUAG